AAGUAGCCAACAAACAAAUGAGAAGGUGUGAACUGGCUACUGGCUGUCAUCCCUUCAUUCAUCUUCUUCCAGUGUCUGUCUACACUACGGAUAGAGCUUUUUUCACACCACAGCUAAAAGUGCUGGAAUAGAGCCCUUCCCCUUCUUCUUCUUCUCCUCCAAAUCCUCCUUCUUUUUCUCUUCUCUCUACCACACAAAAACCCUUACCAAGUUCUUUCUUUCUAAUUCCCUUGAUAAUGUAAAAUCACAGAAAAAGAAAAAGCUACUAAAAACUUGGCUCUAAACCUUUCUUUUUUUGAGGAAAACCUGAAAAGUUCCACACAAUGUCUUCUUCUUCUUCUUCUAGAGCUUUCUUCUUCUUCUUCUUCUUUCUUAUCAACGUCUCCUUGCUCCUCACACUCUCUUCUGCAGCGGAUCCAUUCGUUUCCUACGAAUUUGAGGUCUCUUACAUCACUGCCUCCCCUCUUGGAGUUCCUCAGCAGGUCAUUGCCAUCAACAACAAGUUCCCAGGUCCUACUAUCAAUGUUACCACAAACAACAACGUUGCUGUCAAUGUUCGGAACAAGUUGGACGAGAGCCUCCUCAUUCAUUGGUCUGGGAUUCAGCAAAGGAGGACUUCGUGGCAAGAUGGUGUUCUUGGCACAAACUGUCCUAUUCCUGCAAAGUGGAACUGGACUUACCAGUUUCAGGUGAAGGAUCAAAUUGGAAGCUUUUUCUACUUCCCUUCCCUUCAUCUUCAGAGAGCUGCUGGUGGAUUUGGGGGUUUCAUCAUAAACAACAGACCCAUCAUUCCGAUUCCUUUUGAUACCCCACAUGGGGACAUUGUUGUUUUCAUUGGAGAUUGGUACACCCGCAAUCAUACGGAUUUGAGGAAGGCUCUUGAUGAUGGAAAAGAUCUUGGCAUGCCGGAUGGUGUUCUCAUCAACGGGAAAGGUCCUUACCGAUAUAAUGACACCCUUGUUCCUGAUGGCAUUGAUUAUGAAACAAUUGAAGUUCAUCCUGGAAAAACUUACCGACUUCGUGUACAUAAUGUUGGAGUAUCAACAAGUCUGAAUUUCAGGAUCCAGAGUCACAACUUACUUCUAGCAGAGACAGAAGGGUCUUACACAGUGCAACAGAACUACACUAGCUUAGAUAUUCAUGUUGGACAAUCUUAUUCUUUUCUGUUAAGCACAGAUCAAAAUGCAAGUACAGAUUACUACAUUGUAGCAAGUGCCAGGUUUGUGAAUGAAUCACGUUGGCAAAGAGUUACUGGAGUUGCUAUCUUGCGCUAUACAAAUUCCAAGGGGAAGGCCCGUGGUCCUCUCCCACCGGGUCCUGAUGAUCAAUUUGACAAAACUUACUCAAUGAACCAAGCAAGAUCCAUCAGAUGGAAUGUAUCAGCAAGUGGUGCUCGUCCUAACCCACAAGGGUCUUUCAGAUAUGGUUCCAUCAAUGUGACUGAUAUUUAUGUAUUAAAAAAUAAGCCACUGGAGAAAAUUAAUGGGAAGCAGCGAGCAACACUCAGUGGAAACUCUUUUGUCAAUCCUUCCACUCCAAUCAGGCUUGCUGACCAGUACAAACUAAAGGGAGUAUACAAGCUUGAUUUCCCCACCAAGCCUCUUACCGGAUCACCUCGCACAGAAACAUCAAUCAUUAAUGGAACUUAUAGGGGAUUUAUGGAAGUUAUACUGCAGAACAAUGAUACUAAGAUGCAUACUUAUCACAUGAGUGGAUAUGCAUUUUUUGUAGUCGGGAUGGAUUUUGGUGAUUGGUCUGAGAAUAGCAGGGGUACAUAUAACAAGUGGGAUGGAAUAGCUCGCACUACAGCACAGGUCUAUCCCGGAGCAUGGACAGCAAUUUUGGUUUCCCUUGACAACGUAGGAGUUUGGAAUCUCAGAACAGAAAACCUUGAUUCAUGGUAUCUUGGUCAAGAAACAUAUGUCAGGGUUGUCAACCCAGAGGUCAAUAACAAAACUGAGCUUCCCAUUCCAGACAAUGCCCUUUUCUGUGGUGCCCUUAGCAAAUUGCAAAAGCCUCAAAAGGUUUCGUCAGAUGCACCAUCAAUCACUGGGAACAAACUGAAGCUGCUCUUCACUUGGCUCGUUGUAUGGGCAUGGAUCCACAUUUUCCAGUAAAAAGCACAUUUUGGGUCAUCUACUCUUAGUUGCUUCAAGUGGACUUGUGGCUUGUUGGUGAGGUUUUGUGAUUGAGUUAUUAGUUUUGUAAGUCUUGUUUAUAAAUUAUUGAUCUUUUGCAGUGAUUUUGACUUGUAUUCUUCUUCCUAUUAGCUUUAUGCUUGUGGUUCCAUGUUUAAUUUAUUGGGACUUGUGAUUCUUUUAAUGCCUAUAAUUGAUGUAGUAAUCACAAUUUAAUCAUACUCUUGAUACAUGUAACUUUACCUGCCGACUCCUACUUUCAUCUUUA